AUUUGUGAAAUAUAACGAUUCACGAAUAUGUAUCCCCUUGCGUUUUUGUGUUUUCUUAAAAUCUAAGAUUAACUGGCGUUCUGAUAGCAACCACCGAUUCACCUGUGAUUAAAGCGUGGCUCACAAGCUGCGGCGACACUUUUUCUCUCUGGGUGUAUCCCUGAAGACUCAACCAUGACUUCCAAGAAAGCUCGGGACAGUGAUGACCGCUUCCUUCGCGUGAAGAAAGACCCCCGCUUCUGGGAAAUGCCAGAGAGGGAGCGCAAAAUAAAGAUCGACAAGAGGUUCCAGUCUAUGUUUCACGACAAACGCUUCAAGUUGAAGUACACUGUGGACAAGCGUGGCCGACCAUUCAACCACUCAUCGUCAGAGGACCUGAAGCGUUUCUAUGAGCUAACAGACUCUGAACAGUCUGAUGACCAGGACGAGCAGGUGGACGAGAAGCAGAAAAAAAAGAAGCAGAAGUCUAAAGUCAAAGCGGGUCCUGAAGAAAAAACCCAGGCUGGGGAACCACUGGAGGAUCUGCAAGAGAAAACAGCCCUGGAGACAAGUAGAAAACCUCUAAAACCGAAGAGGACUCUGGAGAGGUCUAGCAAGCCUAUGGCAGCUCAGAGUGUUAAGGGAGUGACAAAGUAUGAACAAGGUCAAAAAAUGCAGGCAGAGGAAGAAAAGGAAAUGUGUGUUCAGGGUGAUGAAGAACUUUUGGAUUCUGGGGCUGAUCUCUCUGAGCAAUAUGAGACGGACGAGGAAGGGGACGAGGAAGGGGAUGAGGAAGGAGAGAGUGCCAGUGACUCCGAGGAAGAAUCAGAGGAGGACAGCGACAGUGGGCCUGACUUAGCAAGGGGGAAGGGCAACAUCGAAACAAGCUCAGAUGAAGAUGAGGAAGAUGAGAUAAAUGAAUUGCUGCGCCGUGAAGAAGAAGAGAUCCAGCAUGACUGGGGUGAAAUGUGGAAAGACGCCCCUCGAAAUGAUGACGUCACCCAGAGACUCGCUGUGUGCAACAUCGAUUGGGACAGACUUAAGGCGAAAGAUUUGCUGGCAUUGUUCAACUCUUUCAAGCCCAAAGGAGGGGUUGUGCUGUCUGUUAAGAUCUACCCCUCAGAGUUUGGGAAGGAACGGUUGAAGCUAGAACAGGCCCAAGGACCAAUGGAGCUGGUUGCAUUGCCAGAGGAUCCGGAGUUGGACACAGAGGAAGAAAGGAUUUACCGGGAGAAGAUGAGGGACUACCAGUUUAAGCGUAUGCGGUAUUACUAUGCUGUCGUCGAGUGCGACAGCACAGAAACAGCUGGCAAGAUCUAUGACGAGUGUGAUGGCUAUGAAUAUGAGAGUAGUAGCUCCAUGCUGGAUCUCCGGUUUAUUCCAGACGACCUCACCUUUGAUGAGCCGCCAAAAGAUGUUGCCACAGAUGUGGACUUGGCUGCCUACAACCCCAAAUAUUUCACCUCAACUGCGAUGGCAACAUCAAAGGUGGAAAUGACCUGGGAUGAAACGGACCAUGAGCGGGUCACCACUCUAAACAGGAAGUUCAAGAAGGAUGAGAUUCUGGACAUGGACUUCCAGGCAUACCUGGCCUCCUCCAGUGAAGACGAUGAUGAGAAGGAGGACGAAGAUCUAGAAGGCGAUGAAGACCACGGAGUGGAGAAGAUAGCCAAGAAACCCCACAAGAAUGACGCAGAGCAGAUUGCAAAGUACCGGGAGCUGCUGAAGGACAUUCAGCACAAGGACGUGAAGCUGGAGGACAAAGCCAUGGAGAUGGAGGUCACUUGGGUCCCAGGUCUGAAGGACACGACAGAGCAACUGGUGAAAAAGAAACUGGAGAGUAAGGUCCUGCUGACCCCAUGGGAAGAAUUCCUGCAGAAGAAGAAGGAGAAGAAGAAACAAAAGAAAGCGGAACGCAAGCAGGCUGCCCCUCAGUCUGACCUAAGUGAUGAUGACCUACCACCUGACGUUGACCUCAGUGAUCCGUACUUCACUGAAGAACUUGGAAUAUCAGGGUCUGAACUGAAAACAAAGUCCAAGAAGAUGAAAAAAUCUAAGGAGGAAGAGAGGACACCGGAAGAAGAGGCUGAGCUAGAAAGGCAAAAGGCGGAGAUGGCGCUGCUGAUGGAUGAUGAGGACGAGGAAGACGCGAAGCGCAAACACUUCAACUACGACAAGAUCGUGGAGCAGCAGAACCUGAGCAAGAAGAAGAAGAAGAGGCUGCAGAAGCGGAAUGAGCUGCAGGAGGAGGAUGACUUUGAGGUUGAUGUAAAAGAUCCUCGCUUCCAGGCCAUGUUUACCUCGCACUUGUAUAACCUGGACCCCUCGGAUCCAGGCUACAAGAAGACCAAGGCCACCCAGAGGAUCUUAGAUGAGAAGCAGCGGCGACGAGAGGUGCAACAGCAGGAGGAAGUCGUGAAGAGGAGGCAACAGGAGACGGAACAGGAAGUCGGUGGCAAGCAGCAGCCAGCUGGGCCAAAGAAGGCCAUGGACCCUGGGCUGUCCAUGCUCAUCAAGUCCAUCAAAAACAAAACAGAACAGUUUCAGGCCAGAAAAAAGCAAAAGACAAAGUAAGGUCAACAUGAAAUAUAGGUGGGCAGACUGGAACAGAUUAGUGGCCUGAAAGCUUAUCGCAUUGAGUAGUUUGUAUAAUUAACUCUUAAACAGAAUCAUCAAGAAUUUUCUUGUCAGAAAUCCACCCGAACGGAUUAUCUCAUUAAAACCGUCGGAUUAAUAAUGCGGCGUGUGGAGUUGCAUCUGUCUGUCCCAGAAUGUCCAGGAAGUUCAGCCCGUUUUGAAGUGCAUUCCCCAGUGGAAUGCACUGGUAUUAAUGGCUCCUUUCAAGCUUCCGGCAUGAACCACUGAUGGAAGAAGACUUUUAUGUUGUACAAAGGAGCCUCUCAUGUCCUUGUUUUGACUUUGGAAUGAUAAGAAAAGUAACCGAACUUAAAUCUCGUCCUUCCAUUCGGUGAAACACUGGCUGAGGGGAACACAAUCCUUUUUCGCGAGUGACCCUGACCGUGGCUGAAGCGGAGGGAAGAAAUUCCAUGAGGCCAGUUGAGUGAAAUAUGAUCCCAUUUGUUCAAGAUCCCAUGGAUAGUUCCUUUUUUAAAAUUCUGAUAAUCCGCAUGAAGUGUUCCCUGUGUCGUGUGCUUUUAAUUUAGUUUUUUGUGAAGUCCUCCUUGAUUCCUAGAGCAUGCUUGUGUCAUGAGUCAUAUAGGGGUUCAGAGAUUUUUAGAUGUGCUUGUUUAUUAAACAGCUGUAACUAGCAUGGUUCACUGUAAAACUGUGUCGUCAAUGGGUCAUCUCACAAAUUAAUUCCUUUUGACUGAACAAAGUCAUCAUAAUGGUUUUCCAUCAUCCGCGUUAAUUCAUGGAUCUCCCCAGUUAAACUUGGUCUCUAAUUCUGUAUUCCUGGAGAACAGGGCCCGUAUUCACAAAGCAUCUUAAGGCUAAAAGUAGCUCCUAACUUGCCGAUUUAAGAGAAACUCCUAAAAAUAAUGGGCGUGUCAGUCCUAAAUGCAGGACUCCUGGGUUCUUUUGACUAAGAAUAAUUCACAAAGCCCCUUAUCAAUAAACGUAGCACUGGGAGAACUAAAAGUAGUCGAGAGGACUCCUAAGUCACUAAGACCAAUUCACAAACAACCGCAAAAUGGCUGCUUUCAAUCCACGUCGCAAUGUCUUGGAAACAUUAAACAAACACUGAAUUGCUUAAAGGAUACCGCCUCAGUCAGGAGGGAAUAAUGAUUGUUGUGGAGCUUGUGAGGGAUGCAAUAACAUCUCCAACAAACCGAAGCAGCCCAAUCAUACACAGUGGAAACUGCUUAUAGUGAUCACGUCUGGGUGAAAUUGAUCACUAUAAGCAGAUGAUCAUUAUAACCAAUUUUUUUUCUUUAUGUCUCAACCAUAUGACCAUCCAAUUGACAUUUGUAUAUUCAUUACAUGUAUAUAAGGUAAAACGGACGGCCUCACUAUGUACUGCAUUUUAUUGACGUUCAAUACACAGCUGUUUGAAAUGCUUUUCAAAUUACUGAACUGUGUAUAAUUGAAAUAUGCUAUAAUACAAUAAAAUAUUCCUCACUGUAGGUUCGCUGCUGCA